AUGUUCACCAAGUCCUUUUUCAUGGUUCUCGCUGCCACCAGCGCCCUCGCUGCUCCGGCUCCUGCUGCCGGCGAGGGAGUGAAUCUCGUUCCCCGGGCUCUGCUCUUCAAAAUCUGUCGCCAGACAAGCUUCAGAGACUGUUACGAUAGCCCUUCCAACCUCGGCCGUUGCACCAACGCCUACGAAGGCUGGAACGACGCCAUCUCCUCUGCCAAGACCACCGACCCCAGCAUUCAGUGCUACAUCUGGACUAACUAUGAUUGCGGCGGUACUCGCGGUGGACCCAUCGGAUCCGACGACGGACACAUUGACCUCGGCGACUUUGGCUGGAACGACAAGAUCUCGUCGUGGAUGUGCCAGACCCGCUAG